GAGAAAACGAAACUCAGAAAACUCAGACUCUCUCUCUCUCUCACGACAGAAAAUGGCAGAAGCCAGUGUUUCAGUAGAUCAGUUGUCAGUGGAUCACUUCAUCUGUCCAGUGUGUCUGGAUCUCCUGAAGGAUCCACUAGCUAUUCCCUGUGGCCACAGUUUCUGUAAGGUGUGUAUUAAUUGCUUCUGGGAUGAGGAAGAUCAGAAGAAGGUCUACAGCUGCCCCCAGUGUAGAGAGACUUUCACUCCAAGGCCUGUUCUACGCAGGAACAACAUGUUGGCUGAAGUAGUGAAGAAACUGAAGGAGACUGAACUCCAAGCUGCUUCUCCUGCUCACUGUUACGCUGGACCUGGAGAUGUGGAGUGUGAUUCCUGCAUUGGGAGAAAACGUAAAGCUCUCAAGUCCUGUCUGGUGUGUCUGGCCUCCUACUGUGAAGAUCAUCUUCAACCUCACUAUCAGUCUCAGGCUUUUAAGAAGCACGAGUUAGUUGAAGCCUGUGCAGAGCUCCAAGAGAAGAUCUGCUCUGAGCACGACAAACUGAUGGAGAUCUACUGUCGUACUGACCAAAGCUUCAUCUGUUUUUUGUGUACAAUGGACAAACAUAAAGGUCAUGAAACAGUUGCAGCUAAAACAGAAAGAACUGAAAAACAGAAUGAGCUAAAAGAGGAGCAGAUGAAAUCCCAGCAGAGGAUCCAGGAGAAGCAGAAGAAGGUGCAGGAGCUGAAACAGACUGUGGACACUAUUAAGAGGCGUUCACAGGCAGCAGUAGAUGACAGUGAGAAGAUCUUUACUGAGCUGAUCAGCUCCAUGAAGAAAAAGCGCUCGGAGGUGAAGAAGUUGAUCAGAGCUCAGGAGGAAGCUGAACUGAGUCGAGCUGAACGACUCCUGAAGCAACUGGAGCAGGAGAUUGCUGAUCAUAAGAAGAGAGUCACUGAGCUGGAGCAGCUUUCACACACACACGAUCACAUCCACUUCCUCCAGAGUUUCCCGUCUCUCUGUGUUCCUCCUGGAUGUGAGGACUCACCCAGCAUCACUGUCAAUCAACAUCUCUCAUUUGAUGGAGUGAGGAAAUCUCUCUCAGAUCUGAAAAAACAAGUCGAGGAAAUCUGUGAGAAGGAAUUCAACAAAAUCCGUCCACAAGUUGCAGCAGUUCAGAUGAUUUUACCCUCACAACUGAAGAGCAGAGAAGAUUUUCUGCAGUAUUUCUGUUAUCUGACUCUGGAUCCCAACACAGUGCAUCCUGAACUCAUUCUAAUGGAGAACAAGAAAGUGUUGAAAUGCAGUGACACAGUACAGCAAUACUGUGAACAUCCAGAGAGAUUUGACACCAGGAUUCAGGUGUUGUGUAAGGAGAGUGUGUGUGGACGCUGUUACUGGGAGGUGGAGUGGAGCGGUGAUGUGGAAAUAUCAGUCUCAUAUAAAGAGAUCAGCAGAAAAGGAUGGGGUGAGGAGUGUGGGUUUGGAUGCAACAGUCAGUCCUGGGCUCUGGCGUGUUCUUCUUCCUCGGUCUCUUUCUGGCACAACUACAUUGAGACUGAGCUUCAAGGUCCAGCGUCCUCCAGAAUAGGAGUGUAUGUGGAUCACAGUGCAGGAACUCUGUCCUUCUACAGCGUCUCUGACACGAUGAGGCUCCUCCACAGAGUCCACACCACAUUCACUCAGCCUCUAUACGCUGGGUUCUGGAUAGAUUAUUACUCAGUUGUGAGGUUAUGUGAUCCAAUGAAAAAAAUGAAAUGUUGUUAAAGUGUUUAGAAAUAUUAUAACUGUCUUUAAUCAUUUUCUGGUCAAGAGUCCAGUUAAUAUACAGUGCACUGAGAACCCUGCCUCAUCCAUCUACAAAAAUAAUACUUUUAAAAUAUGGAUUAAAUACAGACUUAUUUUGCUGUUUUUGGAAUCUAGUCUUAUAUAGAUUAUUUUUAAUAAAUCGUUAUUUUGUGUGAGAUGAUUUUGUCAUGUAUGAAAAUUUUUCGAACAGGCUAUAUGGUUUAUAUAAUUAUUGACUAUAGAAUAUUUUAUCAAGAAAAAUCUGUUGAUGGUAAUUAUCCUGCAAUUUAACCCUGUUUAACUGAAUGAAUUUAAACUUUUUUCAUAUUUCGUAUUAUUUCAUAGUGGCACAAAUAGUGAGGAGCUUUAUUCUAGUAAACUAAACUAAAAUUCCCAGCUUUUGCUGCUUUUAAAUAGAAAAUCCACUCCUUAAUAUAACUUAUAAGACCAUAUCAGAAUCAUGACUAUUCCAACAAAAUAAAACAUAUUUAAUUAAAGCAUUUAUGACCAUAACCUUAAUAUAACAUGCUAAAACACAGACAGAUAUUUGGGAAGGCAGGAAGACAUGGGGGUGUGUCUAAUUUGCAUAUUCAUGCAUAUUCAUAGCUCCUGGUGUUAUUCAUGUACAGAAAUGUUCUCAGGCUACAUUUCUCAGGAUUAUGUUAAAGGUCUAAAAUAACAUGUUCAGGGCUACAAAGUGUUAAAGUGCACUUGUGUAAUGUGUACUUGUUAACAUUCAGUGUGUUAAACCAAAUAUGUACUAAACCGCACUUACACAAAGUGGUAAAGUGAUGAACUCGGAGCUCAGAGUGUUGAAUCAAACUUGUGUUUUUAAUCAAAAAUGAUUUAAUAAAUUGAUGGCGUGUACAGUCUGGAGGUGUUAGUCACCUCUCCAGGACAGGAAGUAGUUCUGCCCCAGUGUGAAACUGUUACAGGAACUGGCUGAUUCCAUGCCAGACAUUGUCAAGAACUUCUGCAAAACAAAGGAUGGCAAACUAAAUACUAAAACACUGGAACUGCGGUCUUUAAUAAAGCCAUUAUUAUGUGUCCAAAUACUUUUUUUGAACAAUAUAUCUAUUAUUUUUACAUCUUUAAACCUAACAGUGUAUUUUUUGGGAAAUGUUUUGCUUGAAAAGUGUGCUUGUGGUAUCUUUCUUUCAAAUAAAUACCACUUGGUUUGA